AAUCUCCCCCUCCCAAAAUCGUUCCAUCGCAUAAACCUGGGGGGGGCAGGAGGGGGGGUCCCUUCCGAUCCUCCCUCCUGACGCCCCCCCCAGCAGGCCCCCUCCCCCACCAUUGAAAGCCAUGAAUUUUGAAUUUGAGAGGGAGAUUGGGUUUAUAAACAGCCAGCCAUCGCUCGCCGAGUGUCUGACUUCCUUCCCCGCUGUCUUGGAGACAUUUCAAACUUCAUCAAUCAAGGAGUCGACAUUAAUUCCUCCUCCUCCUCCUUUCGAGCAAAUCUUCCCCAGCCUCCAGCCCGGCGCCUCCACCCUUCAGAGACCCGGGAGCCAAAAGCAAGCCGAAGAUGGGCCUGCUCUGCUGCCACCGCCGCCGCUCCCCACCGCCCCCCCAGCCCCCGAGUUCCCCUGGAUGAAAGAGAAGAAAUCCGCCAAGAAACCCAGCCAAUCCGCCGCGUCUCCUUCCCCGGCUGCCUCCUCCGUCCCGGCCUCGGGGGUCGGAUCGCCUGCAGAUGGCCCGGGACUGCCCGACGCGGGCGGCGGCGGGGCGCGCAGGCUGCGCACCGCCUACACCAACACGCAGCUGCUGGAGCUGGAGAAGGAAUUUCAUUUUAACAAGUACCUGUGCCGGCCUCGUCGUGUGGAGAUCGCGGCCUUGCUGGACCUCACCGAAAGGCAGGUCAAAGUCUGGUUCCAGAACCGGCGCAUGAAACACAAGAGGCAGACGCAGCAUCGAGAACAGCCCGACGGGGAGCCAACCUGCCCCGGUGUCCUAGAGGAAAUUGGAGACCCAGCUGAGGAACCAGCGGCCAGCCCGGGAGGCCCCUCUGUUUCUCGCGUGGUGCGGGAAGCCUGCCUUUAUCCCGCCGAAGUCGCGCCGGGCCCCCCAGGCCCUGAGCCUUUGGCAGCUCACUUGGAGGGUGCGGGUGCUCAGAGCCCUGACUGCGCCCUGCGCAGAGCCGGCGGCCUGGAGCCGGAGUCAUUGCCAGAAGACGCUUUUCCGGAGCGGCAGGAUUCGCCUUUCCUGCCCGACCUCAACUUCUUUGCCGCCGACUCUUGUCUCCAGCUGUCCGGAGGCCUUUCCCCCAGUCUACAGGGCUCGCUCGACAGUCCAGUCCCCUUUUCAGAGGAAGAGUUGGACUUCUUCACGAGCACGCUUUGUGCCAUAGACCUGCAGUUUCCCUAACCCGUUUCAUCCCCCGACCCUUUCCACCCCCGUCCUCCACUGCCUCUGUUGGGAAAAUCGAGCUUCCUCCACCCCAAUUGCAUUUACUUAUGUGUUUUGCUAAAAUUCAGGUAUUAUUGAAUUAGUGUUUAAUCUACUUCCCUUUUUGUUUCUCUUUUUUAAAAUCACACAGAAAAACUCCGUUUGUUAGACUACUUCCAACGAAAUCUCAGGAAUAAUUAAACUCUAGGGGGGGUUUCUUAAAAGGAAUUAGAGGGACCUAUUUUCCUCUUUUUUUUUUACGUUUUAGACUGUAGUUUAUUUAUUAAAAUUCUUUAAUAAUAGGAAAAGGGGAAAGUAUUUAUUGUACAUUAUUUUCAUAGAUUAAAUAAAAUGUCUUUAUAAUA